AGUAUUCGCACUUCGAGUGAUUCAAUUACCGAAAGAAAGAAAAAUAAUCGAAGACCCGUCGUAGUGUUUUAUACACCGAAAAUCUCAUUAGAUUUCAACGGAAUUUACACAUUCAAAUCGAAUUAAAUCAUUGAAACUCUGACCGAUUAAUCCGAAGACAAAAAAGAACUUGUUUUCGGUGUUGUAUUACGUCGAUGAAUAUACUACAUUGACAUCUGCGAGACGAGAGUAUUUGUGCAUUUUCUUCGGGAAAAACAACCAAUUUACUAUUCAACUGUUUUAAUAAAAGAACAUGAAAAUGGUAUUAUCUCAGCGGCAACGCGAGGAACUCAACCAAGCGAUUGCUGAUUAUUUGAGUACAAAUAAUUACUCAGAAGCAUUGGAGGCGUUUCGCAAAGAAGCUGAUUUGUCAACGGAAAUCGAAAAGAAGUUCGGUGGAUUGCUGGAAAAGAAAUGGACGUCGGUCAUUCGUUUACAGAAGAAAGUGAUGGAAUUGGAGACAAAAUUGUCGGAGGUGGAGAAAGAGGUGAUUGACGGUGCUCCAACAAAAACAAAACGUAGCCCCGCUGAAUGGAUUCCUCGUCCACCCGAAAAGUAUUCGUUAAGCGGUCAUCGAGCGACUAUUACACGAGUCGUCUUUCAUCCUGUGUUUAGUUUAAUGGUUUCGUCAUCCGAGGAUGGUACAAUUAAGGUGUGGGACUUUGAAACAGGAGAAUACGAACGAACACUAAAGGGACACACAGAUUCUGUUCAAGAUAUAGCUUUCGAUGCUCAAGGAAAAGUGCUAGCAUCAUGCAGUGCAGACUUAUCUAUUAAGUUGUGGGACUUUCAACAGACUUUUGAAUGUUUCAAAACAAUGCAUGGCCACGAUCAUAACGUAUCAUCUUUAGCAUUCGUACCUGCUGGAGAUUUCCUGCUAACAGCUUCGCGAGACAAAACUAUCAAAGUUUGGGAAGUUGCUACUGGUUACUGCGUUAAAACAUACACCGGUCACAGGGAUUGGGUCCGAAUGGUACGAGUGCAUCCGGAUGGCAGUAUGUUUGCAACAGGCUCAAAUGACCAUUCGAUUAGAGUUUGGUAUAUUAAUUCUAAGGAGUGCAAGGUCGAACUAAGAGAUCACGAUCACACGGUCGAAUGUAUAGCCUGGGCACCAGACUCAGCAUCAGCGUCGAUCAACGAAGCGGCUGGUGUCGACAACAAAAAGGGAGCACAUCAAGGACCGUUUUUGGCAUCUGGCUCAAGGGAUAAAACCAUUCGCAUAUGGGACGUGAGUGUUGGCGUGUGUUUAAUCACAUUAACGGGCCAUGACAAUUGGGUGCGAGGCAUCGCCUUCCAUCCAGGUGGUAAAUACAUGAUAUCGGCCAGUGAUGAUAAGACAAUUCGAGUAUGGGACUUGCAUAACAAACGAUGUAUGAAGACGUUGUACGCUCAUCAACACUUUUGCACGUCUAUCGAUUUUCAUCGGAAUCUUCCUUAUGUGAUAUCUGGCAGUGUCGAUCUAACAGUAAAAGUUUGGGAGUGUCGUUAAGGGGCAAUAGAACCGAGGAAAAGGAAAAAAACAACAUCAAGAACACAAGUUUUAGAGACGUAGAUUGUUUGCAAAGAUUUUUUUUUCUUUUUUUUAAUCCAAUUUUUCCUUUGCUAAAAAUUGUGGAACAAAACACAAAACUUGCCAAUCAAAUUUCGGAAUAUUCUUUUUUUUGUUUGAUUUAUAUUGCGAUGUGAUUGAGCUUCUCUCAAAAACGGGACACACCGGGCGUAAUAUUGAUGGAACGGAUUAUUAUAUUAUAUUCUUGUAAUUGUUUUUAUAGAAAAAUUAAAUUCUAGAAAAAAAGGAGGAUGAAGAAAUGAAACGGAGGUUAGAUCCGAAGAAUAUUGAAA